AUGGGGAGCUUUCCUGGCCAUGCGCUCCCCGGGAGUUUCUUCCUGUGUGUGGGACUGUGGUGGGGGGUCAAGUCCUCACUUUGGCAUUUGACCCGGAAGAACAAAAGUUCAGGAUCCACCCGCCUCCCGUCCAGAGUGACCCAGAGGCGCCUGGAGAUAAUCGAGAGCUCUGUCAUCCUCUUCCUAUCUGUCGUAGGGAUGGUAGCAGAGCAGUUUGCUAACAGCGGUCCCCAGUUGCAGCUGUACGACGCAGAGAGACACUGGAAGGACCUGAUGAACUGGCAACACUGCACCAUGUACCUGUUCUUCGGUUUUGCGGCGGCUGUUUCGCUGAUUGUUCACAGCAGCGCAGCCGCCCCCCUCCCUCUGGAUAGACUCGUUCUCUGUCUGGCUUUCUUUAACGAAGGCUUCUUGUUCCUGUACCACCUUCACGGCAGGUCGCUCCUGGACGUGACGCUGCACCAGCUGCUGCUUUACCCCGUCUUCGCUCAGGCUCUUGUCGCUUUUCUGGAGGUUUUUCAUCGAGGAAACGUGAUUCUGGAACUGAUGCGAUCGGCUCUGACCGUCUUGCAGGGAUCGUGGUUCUGGCAGAUCGGGUCGGUGCUGUACCCCCCGUGGGGCCCUCACUGGGACCAGGACGACCACAGCUCUGUGAUGUUUGUGGUCAUGUGCUUCUCCUGGCACCUGAUGGUUUCUCUGCUCUGGACUGGAAUGAUCUAUGGCAUAGUUAACUGGGUGGUUCAGGCCAGACUAAAGAGGACGCCGCCGAUGGAGAUGGGACUUCUCUCCAAAACCAGGGAUCAGGAAUCUGAGGACGAAGCUUUCUGA